CCUCCCCUCCCUCCCUCGCCCCAUGUCGCUCUUCUGUCCCACGUGCGCCAACGGCCUGCUCAUCAGCAACGACGACGGGCAGAACAAGUGGGCGUGCCAGACGUGCCCCUACGAGUUUCCCAUUGCCAAGCAGAUGACGACGCGCAUCACGCUGCGCCGCAAGCAGGUCGACGACAUCAUGGGCGGCGACGAGGCGUGGAAGAAUGUCGACAGCACCGACGCGCCCUGUCCCAAGUGCGACAAUCCAAAGGCCUUCUUCAUGCAGCUGCAGAUCCGCUCUGCCGACGAACCGAUGACGACAUUCUAUCGCUGCACAGCUCGCACUUGCGGCAACCAGUGGAGAGAAGGCUAAAGCUCGCUCGCUCACAAGCCAUUCGCGUCGCAUCGUCUUUCGAGGAGCAGCUUUCCCUCGCAAGGCAAUAGUCGACGAGUGUCUUCAUGUCGCGCGCCGCGCUCAAGGCUCUCUAGCCGCUCUUGCGACUGCCGCACCCCUUCCACCUGGCCCUCACAGCCCAAAGUUCGCUCGUCAGUGGGUCUGUAGAUCCAUCUCUUUGCCCUCUCUCCCCUCUACUCGCAUCCGUUCCAACGCGUCACCGUCUAAUCAGAAUCCGCAUUCCUUUCUCAC